AUCAAGUCCCCUGAAGAGAGUACCCUUACGGACCCCGCCUCCGGCACUUCAAACGUCCCACCACCAGCAGCAGUAGCACGCCUCGCAACGACAAUGACACAAACUCCCAUGGACACAGGCCAACCACCGCAAACUCUGCAGCAGCACGAUGAAGGCCCGCGGAUGCGCACCCUGCGCCAACUGUUCGACGUGGCACUCGCAAACUGUCUCAACGCUAGCAGCUACGAUCGUUUCGCACAAGCGUUCCCGAAACUGGCCCGCGACGACCCUGACGCUCUGAGGAUAGCCCGGGAACAAACGGUGGAUUUCAUCAGGAACGCCAUGCAGGAAGAGUUCAACGACAUCAACACAGAACGCAACGUUGGCGAACAUCUCAACACCCUGGACAGGGUAAUCGCCGCCGCUCUCGCAUCACAAAAACAGCAUCAACUUCAACAAACGUCGUCAGCAGCAGCAGCUGCAGCUGCAGUAUCCGGCACCGGGAUAGUCAACCCAGUCCAGGCAGUACGAGCGCACGCUGUCCAAGCCAAACGCGCCGAAGUUGAACGACUGAAGGCGCGCCUACAAUCGGUCGAGAACGCAACAACAACCUACGAAACAACCCUGACCGACCUCCGCACGCAAACAGAAACCCUGAAAGACCACAUCGAGACGGGCAUCGCGUCGUUGUUGGCGUCGCGGACGGCGGUGGACCAGUUGGCGGUUGAGGCGACGGGCGGGACGGGUUGUGAUGUCGUGUGCAAUUGAUGCGGGAUGUGGACGGCGUGCGUCUGCGUGUAUCGAUGUUUCCUGGCGUUUUGGUGUAUAUUAGUACGUUCGUCUUUUUUG